UCAGCACAGAGCCUGAUGCAGGACUCGAACUCAUGAAUCAUGAGAUCGUGACCGGAGCUGAAAUUGGAUGUUUAACCGACUGAGCCACCCAGGCGCCCCAAGAUGUUACUCUUCUUACAGUGCCUGUUCACAGCUCCAUCUGGGGUGGCUGCGACUAGGUAGCUCCCUGGGUCCCUUUGGUUCCGCAUCAGCAGGUGAGCUGAGCAGCAGCGAGCCCAGCACCCCCGCUCAGACUCCACUGGCAGCACCCAUCAUCCCCACACCGGCUCUCACCUCUCCUGGAGCAGUACCCCCACUGCCUUCCCCCUCUGAGGAGGAGGAGGAGGGGCUGAGGGCCCCGGUGCGGGACCUGGAGGAGAAACUGGAGACCCCGUGGUUGAAACAGGCGGAAGACAAGGCAAAGCUAAAAGAGCUGGAGACACAUAAGAUCCAGCUGGAGCAGGUGCAGGAAUGGAAGAGCGAAAUGCAGGAGCAGCAGGCGGUCCUCCAGGAGGCACGGAAGGAAGCCAAGGAGGCACGGGAGGCGAAGGGACGUUACUUCGAUGAGCCGGCCGACCCUGCUGAUGCCAUCGAGGUGGCCACUGUGGACAAGGAGAUGGCUGGAGCGGGCUGAGUCCCCGCAGCGGGAGGUGGAGGCAUUGAAAGAACUUGUGGACGAGCUCAGCACGGACUUCGAGAUCCUCAAGGCUGAGAUUGAAGAGAAGGGCUCGGACGGGGCAGCGUCCAGUUACCAGCUCAAGCAGUUUGCGGGGCAGAACGCCCGCCUGAAGGGUGCCCUGGCGAGGGAUCUUUCUUCCUCGGUGAAGCAGGAGCACGUGAAACUCCAGAAGCUCGUGGAAAAGAAGAACCAAGAGCUGGAAGCUGUGAGUCACCGGCGGGAGUGUCUGCAGGAGGAGCUGAGCCAGGCAGAGAGCACCAGCGAUGAGCUCAGGGAGCACGCGGAUGCUGCUCUGGGUGCCGAGGACGUGGUGGAGAUGUUAACAGACCGGAACCUGAGUCUAGAAGAGAAAGGGCGAGAGUUGAGAGAGGCCGUGGGGGACUUGGAAGCGACGAACGAGAUGAUGCACGCCAGACAGAACCGGAGCUGCGGGGGCAGCUGGACGUGGUGGGCGCGGGUUCGGGAAGCCCAGGAGCAUGAAGAGGCAGCCCGGGAGUUACUGUUGCAAACCAUCGAGAAGUACCGCCAGCUGACCCGCCCACCUUCGGGACGUGAGUCGGGAACCGACAAACCGGCAAGAAGCAUCUGUGGGGAGGCAGCAGCAGCUGCGCCCGGAGCCGUACUAGCCCAGUACCUGGCAUGCAGAAGGCACUCAGUAAAUGAGUGAAUUUGGUUUGAGGGCCUUUCGUAUGCCCUGUGCUGUUGCGUGGGGGAUGGAGGUGACUUCGCUGGACCUUUCUGGAUGCACCUCUCUGUCUAACCUCCAUCAGCCAGUCCUGGAGGGAGAGAACAUCUAAACGGAUGUUAAUGGCAGCAGACACUAUGUCAAGGUGAGGAAACAGUGGCACAAAGGGGCCGCAGAAGCUGUCCAGGUCACACGUGUUGAUGUCUGAGCUGGGAAUCAAGAUUCGGAGCCUGGCCUGAGUGUGUGCCACAACCCUGCACCAGCCACCCAGGGGAGGCUCCUGGUUCGGCGCCAACAUGGCCGAGAGCUCCUCGCCGCCCUCCUCGUCUGCCGCAGCCGCAGCCCCAGCAGCUGAGCUGGGAGUCACGGAGCAGCCGGGGCCCCAGAGCCCCCCUCCCUCCCCUCCAGGCCUGGAGGAGCCCCUGGAUGGAGCCGAUCCUGAAGUCCCUCACCCGGACCUGGCACCCGUUGCCUUCUUCUGCCUACGACAGACCACCAGCCCCCGGAACUGGUGCAUCAAGAUGGUGUGUAACCCAUGGUUUGAAUGUGUCAGCAUGCUGGUGAUCCUGCUGAACUGCGUGACACUUGGCAUGUACCAGCCCUGCGACGACAUGGACUGCCUGUCGGACCGCUGCAAGAUCCUGCAGGUCUUUGAUGACUUUAUCUUCGUCUUCUUUGCCAUGGAGAUGGUGCUGAAAAUGGUGGCCCUGGGCAUUUUUGGCAAGAAGUGCUACCUUGGGGACACAUGGAACCGACUGGACUUCUUCAUUGUCAUGGCAGGGAUGGUCGAGUACUCUCUGGACCUCCAGAACAUCAACCUGUCGGCCAUCCGCACCGUGCGUGUCCUGAGGCCCCUCAAAGCCAUCAACCGUGUGCCCAGUAUGCGGAUCCUGGUGAACCUGCUCCUGGACACGCUGCCCAUGCUGGGGAAUGUCCUCCUGCUCUGCUUCUUCGUCUUCUUCAUCUUCGGCAUCAUCGGCGUGCAGCUCUGGGCGGGCCUGCUGCGUAACCGCUGCUUCCUGGAGGAGAACUUCACCAUACAAGGGGAUGUGGCCCUGCCCCCCUACUACCAGCCAGAGGAGGACGACGAGAUGCCCUUCAUCUGCUCCCUUUCGGGGGACAAUGGCAUCAUGGGCUGCCACGAGAUCCCCCCACUCAAGGAGCAGGGCCGUGAGUGCUGCCUGUCCAAGGAUGAUGUCUACGACUUCGGGGCGGGGCGCCAGGACCUCAAUGCCAGCGGGCUCUGCGUCAACUGGAACCGCUACUAUAACGUGUGCCGCACGGGCAGCGCCAACCCCCACAAGGGUGCCAUCAAUUUCGACAACAUCGGCUACGCCUGGAUCGUCAUCUUCCAGGUGAUUACCCUGGAAGGCUGGGUGGAGAUCAUGUACUAUGUGAUGGAUGCUCACUCCUUCUACAACUUCAUCUACUUUAUCCUGCUUAUCAUAGUGGGCUCCUUCUUCAUGAUCAACCUGUGCCUCGUUGUCAUAGCGACCCAGUUCUCGGAGACCAAGCAGCGGGAGCACCGGCUGAUGCUGGAGCAGCGGCAGCGCUACCUGUCCUCCAGCACGGUGGCCAGCUACGCGGAGCCCGGCGACUGUUACGAGGAGAUCUUCCAGUACGUCUGUCACAUCUUGCGCAAGGCCAGGAGGCGUGCCCUGGGCCUCUACCAGGCCCUGCAGAGCCGGCGCCGGGCCCCGGGCCCGGGGGCGUCCCCCUCCGCCAAGCCCGGGCCCCGCGCCAAGGAGCCCAGGCAUUACAAGCUGUGCCCUCGACACAGUCCCCUGGACCCGAUGCCCCACACACCGGUGCAGCCCAUCUCUGCCAUGCUGGCCUCUGAUCCUGCCAGCUGUCCCCGCUGCCAGCACGAGGGGAACCGGCGGCCCUCGGGUCCGGGCAGCACCGACUCGGGCCAGGAGGGCUCGGGCUCUGGUGGCUCAGGUGGUGACUCGGAGGAGGUGGAUGGGGACGGGGCCCGGAGCAGCGAGGAUGGGACCUCCUCAGGCCUGGAGAAGGAGGACGAGGAGGAACAGGCGGACGGGGCGGCCCGGCUGUGCGGGGAUGUGUGGCGGGAGACCCGAGCCAAGCUUCGAGGCAUCGUGGACAGCAAGUACUUCAACCGGGGCAUCAUGAUGGCCAUCUUGGUUAACACCGUCAGCAUGGGCAUCGAACACCAUGAGCAGCCUGAGGAGCUGACCAACAUCCUAGAGAUCUGUAACGUCGUCUUCACCAGUAUGUUCGCCCUGGAGAUGCUCCUGAAGCUGGCCGCCUUCGGGCUCUUCGACUACCUGCGCAACCCCUACAACAUCUUCGACAGCAUCAUUGUCAUCAUCAGCAUCUGGGAGAUUGUGGGGCAGGCGGACGGCGGCCUGUCGGUGCUGCGGACCUUCCGGCUGCUGCGGGUGCUCAAGCUGGUGCGUUUCAUGCCCGCUUUGCGGCGCCAGCUGGUGGUGCUCAUGAAGACCAUGGACAACGUGGCCACCUUCUGCAUGCUGCUCAUGCUCUUCAUCUUCAUCUUCAGCAUCCUCGGGAUGCACAUCUUUGGCUGCAAAUUCAGCCUCCGCACGGACACAGGAGACACGGUCCCCGACAGGAAGAACUUUGACUCCCUGCUGUGGGCCAUCGUCACAGUGUUCCAGAUCCUCACCCAGGAGGACUGGAACGUUGUCCUCUACAAUGGCAUGGCCUCCACCUCCCCCUGGGCCUCCCUCUACUUUGUCGCCCUCAUGACCUUUGGCAACUACGUGCUCUUCAACCUCCUGGUGGCCAUCUUGGUGGAGGGUUUCCAGGCAGAGGGUGACGCCAAUCGCUCCUACUCGGACGAGGACCAGAGCUCAUCCAACAUGGAGGAGUUCGACAAGCUUCAGGAGGGCCUGGACAGCGGCGGAGAUCCCAAGAUCUGCCCAAUCCCCAUGACCCCCAAUGGGCACCUGGACCCCAGUCUCCCACUGGGUGGACAUCUGGGCCCCCCCGGGGCUGCGGCACCCGCCCCCCGCCUCUCGCUGCAGCCGGACCCCGUCCUGGUGGCCCUGGGCUCCCGCAAGAGCAGCGUCAUGUCACUGGGGAGGAUGAGCUGUGACCAACGCUCCCUGUCCAGCUCCCGGAGCUCCUACUACGGGCCGUGGGGCCGCAGCGGGGCCUGGGCCAGCCGCCGCUCUAGCUGGAACAGCCUCAAGCACAAGCCGCAGUCGGCCGAGCACGAGUCCCUGCUCUCGGCGGAGCGCGGUGGCGGUCCCCGGGCCUGCGAGGGCCCCAGGGACGAGGGCCCGCCGCGGGCUGCGCCGCUGCACGCUCCGCACGCCCACCACGUGCACCACGGUCCCCACCCGGCGCACCGGCACCGCCACCACCGCCGGACGCUGUCCCUCGACACCAGAGACUCGAUGGACCUGGCCGAGCUGGUGCCCGCCGUGGGCGCCCACCCCCGGGCGACCUGGAGGGCGGUGGGGCCGGCCCCCGGGCACGAGGACUGCAAUGGCAGGAUGCCCAGCAUCGCCAAGGAUGUCUUCACCAAAAUGGACGACCGCCGGGAUCGCGGGGAGGACGAGGAGGAGAUGGACUACACCCUGUGCUUCCGCGUCCGCAAGAUGAUCGACGUCUAUAAGCCUGACUGGUGCGAGGUCCGCGAGGACUGGUCUGUCUACCUCUUCUCCCCUGAGAACAGGUUCCGAGUCCUGUGUCAGACCAUCAUUGCCCACAAGCUCUUCGACUAUGUGGUCCUGGCCUUCAUCUUUCUCAACUGCAUCACCAUCGCCCUGGAGAGGCCCCAGAUCGAGGCCGGCAGCACCGAACGUAUCUUCCUCACUGUGUCGAACUACAUCUUCACAGCCAUCUUCGUGGGCGAGAUGACGCUGAAGGUUGUCUCGCUGGGCCUGUACUUUGGCGAGCAGGCGUACUUGCGUAGUAGCUGGAACGUGCUGGAUGGCUUUCUGGUCUUCGUGUCGAUCAUUGACAUAGUGGUGUCUGUGGCCUCAGCCGGGGGAGCCAAGAUCCUAGGGGUCCUUCGAGUCCUGCGGCUCCUGCGCACCCUAAGGCCCCUGCGUGUCAUCAGCCGAGCGCCUGGUCUGAAGCUGGUGGUGGAGACGCUCAUCUCUUCUCUCAAGCCCAUUGGCAACAUCGUCCUCAUCUGCUGUGCCUUCUUCAUCAUCUUUGGCAUCCUGGGGGUGCAGCUCUUCAAGGGCAAGUUCUACCACUGUCUGGGUGUGGACACCCGCAACAUCACCAACCGCUCUGACUGUGUGGCUGCCAACUACCGCUGGGUCCACCACAAGUACAACUUUGACAACCUGGGCCAGGCCCUGAUGUCCCUCUUUGUCCUGGCCUCCAAGGAUGGCUGGGUGAACAUCAUGUACAACGGACUGGAUGCCGUCGCUGUGGACCAGCAGCCGGUGCCCAACCACAACCCCUGGAUGCUGCUCUACUUCAUCUCCUUCCUGCUCAUCGUCAGCUUCUUCGUGCUCAACAUGUUCGUGGGCGUCGUGGUGGAGAACUUCCACAAGUGCCGGCAGCACCAGGAGGCCGAGGAGGCGCGGCGGCGCGAGGAGAAGCGGCUGCGGCGCCUGGAGAAGAAGCGCCGGAAGGCCCAGCGUCUGCCCUACUAUGCCACCUAUUGUCCCACCCGGCUGCUCAUCCACUCCAUGUGUACCAGCCACUACCUGGACAUCUUCAUCACCUUCAUCAUCUGCCUCAAUGUGGUCACCAUGUCCCUGGAGCACUACAACCAGCCCACGUCCCUGGAGACAGCCCUCAAGUAUUGCAACUACAUGUUCACCACUGUGUUUGUGCUGGAGGCUGUGCUGAAGCUGGUGGCGUUUGGGCUGAGGCGCUUCUUCAAGGACCGGUGGAACCAGCUGGACCUGGCCAUUGUGCUGCUGUCGGUCAUGGGCAUCACGCUGGAGGAGAUUGAGAUCAACGCGGCACUGCCCAUCAACCCCACCAUCAUCCGCAUCAUGCGGGUUCUGCGCAUCGCUCGGGUGCUGAAGCUGUUGAAGAUGGCCACGGGGAUGCGGGCCCUGCUGGACACCGUGGUGCAAGCUCUGCCCCAGGUGGGCAACCUGGGCCUUCUCUUCAUGCUGCUUUUCUUUAUCUACGCCGCCCUCGGCGUGGAGCUCUUCGGGAAGCUGGUCUGCAAUGAUGAGAACCCAUGCGAGGGCAUGAGCCGGCACGCUACCUUCGAGAACUUCGGCAUGGCCUUCCUCACACUCUUCCAGGUCUCGACCGGCGAUAACUGGAAUGGGAUCAUGAAGGACACGCUGCGGGACUGCACCCACGAUGAGCGCAGCUGCCUGAGCAGCCUGCAGUUUGUGUCACCGCUCUACUUCGUCAGCUUCGUGCUCACGGCCCAGUUCGUGCUCAUCAACGUGGUGGUGGCCGUGCUCAUGAAGCACCUGGACGACAGCAACAAGGAGGCCCAGGAGGACGCCGAGAUGGACGCCGAGCUGGAGCUCGAGAUGGCCCACGGCCUGGGUCCCAGCCCGCGGCCGCCCACCAGCUCCCCGGGGGCGCCUGGCCGAGGCCCGGGCGGGCCGGGCGGUGGGGGUGACGCCGAGGGCCGCCUGUGCCGGCGCUGCUACUCUCCGGCCCAGGAGAACCUGUGGCUGGACAGCGUCUCUUUAAUCAUCAAGGACUCCUUGGAGGGGGAGCUGACCAUCAUUGACAACCUGUCCGGUUCCAUCUUCCAUCACUACUCCUCGCCGGCCGGCUGCGAGAAGUGUCACCACGACAAGCAAGAGGUGCAGCUGGCCGAGACGGAGGCCUUCUCCCUGAACUCAGACAAGUCCUCCUCCAUCCUGCUGGGUGAUGACCUGAGUCUGGAGGGCCCCACGGCCUGCCCACUCGGCCCCAAAGACAGCAGGGGUGAGCCGGAUGCCCCUGAGCCCAUGCACGGAGGAGAGGGGGGCGAAUGCUUCUUCCCCUUGUCCAACACGGCCGUCUCGUCGGAUCCUGAGAACUUCCUGUGGGAGAGGGAGACUGUCCCAUCCAACCCCGUCCGGUCCUGGCUGAAACAUGAGAGCGGCCGAGCUGCACCCCCGACUCCCUUCUCCCCGGAUGCCUCCAGCCCGCUCCUGCCCAUGCCUGCGGAGUUCUUCCACCCUGCUGUGUCUGCCAGCCAGAAAGGGCAGGAGAAGGUGGCUGGCGCUGGGACGCUCCCCAAGAUUGCCCUGCAGGGCUCCUGGGCAUCCCUGCGGUCGCCGAAUGUCAACUGCACCCUCCUCCGGCAGGCCACGGGGAGCGACACGUCGUUGGAGGCCAGCCGCAGCAGCUCGGCCGGCAGCCUGCAGACCACGCUGGAGGACAGCCUGACCCUGAGCGACAGUCCCCGGCGCGCCCUGGGGCCCCCGGCCCCCGCACUGGGCCCGCGGGCUGGCCUGUCGCCCGCCGCCCGCCGCCGCCUCAGCCUGCGGGGCCGGGGCCUGUUCACCCUGCGCGGGCUGCGGGCGCACCAGCGCAGCCACAGCAGCGGCGGCUCCACCAGCCCGGGCUGCACCCACCACGACUCCAUGGACCCCUCGGACGAGGAGGGCGCGGGCGGCCGGGGCGGCGCGGGCGGCGGGGGCGCGGGCAGCGAGCACUCGGAGACCCUCAGCAGCCUGUCGCUCACGUCCCUCUUCGGGCCGCCGCCCCCGCCGCCGGGGCUCACGCCCGCCCGCAGGUUCAGCAGCACCAGCAGCCUGGCCGCCGGCCCCGGCCGCCCGCGCGCCCCCUCGCGGCCCCGCGGCCUGGCCCGGAGCCCCUCCUGGGCCGCCGACCGCAGCAAGGACGCGCCGGGCCCGGCCCCCUCGCGGCCCGAGCUGCCGCCCGCCCCGGGAGAGCUGCAGCCGGGGGAGGCCGCCAGCAAGAGGAAGAGAUGAAGGCUGCAGGGGCCCGGCCGGACGCCCCGUCUCACCUUUUACCUCAGGAGCCAGGGGGGCAGGCAGCAAUACUUCGGCCACAAGCUGGGGGUCGCGCAGGGGCCGGCCAGCGCCAGGCCGCCGAGAGGGUGGGCUUGAGCAGGGUCUGGGUUAGCCGAGGCUCGGUGGUGGCCCCAGCCGUGGCCCAGCUGUGGUCCUUCCCGUGCAUAUACAUAAUAUAUAUAUGCAUAUAGAGAGAGAGAGACAGACAUAUAUAUUUAUUUAUUUUUUUUACUGAGAGCUUAUGAUUUCCAGAAAGUGCUAAAGUUGGGGGGUGCAGGCCGGCGCCCGGACAGGGCCUUUGCCUGAUGCUUAGGACCCAGGCCAAACCUACCCCAGGGCAGAUGGGGCUGCUGGCAUGAUAACGGCUGAGCUUUCUGGUGUCUCCCCUGGGUUGGGAGUAGUUUGGGAGAGGCUCUCAGGCCUCUGAAGUUCCCAUGGCCGGGGAGACAGGCCCAGAAGAAGAGGUGAAAUUCAGGGUGCGUUUUUUUUCCUUUAAAGAAGAAACGCCGCUAAGAUCCUCCCCCCACGUAUUGGGGUGUCUGUCUUGUUCCUGACUGUCUAGUUGUUGUGAACAGUCUUUUGUAGAUGCCCCAGAGCACACUCUUAGUCAACCAGUUAGACGUCUUUCUUUAGGAAAAUCAGGGGUGAAUAGUUGUAAUUUCUUAGCACAGGGGUGGGGGUGGAGGGCAGCUCCAAGGCUGGGCAGGGGGCUCAGCCAGUGGGCACUUCCAGGGGUGGGGGUCUGCCAUGGCUUUGCCCCCAGGAAGGCCGAGGGCAGGCACGGAGGCUGCAGGAGAGAGGAAGGGGAAAGGGUAUUAAGCAGGCCAUGAGAUGCUUGGAGGUCAAGAGUACCUGCCUGGUCUGUGCUGGCCAGGGUGCCCUGCGGGCCCCCUGGGCUCAGACAGUCAGUGACAGUUACUUAACUACCUUUUACCCUCCAGGCAGACCUUGGGUCAUGGUCAUUCUGAGAGGUCCUGCUCCCCACUGACCCCCUGAGCAGCUCUGCCCCCCUCCUGUGGAGUUCAGGGAGAAGCAGACCUGAUAAGAUUCUAAGCAGGGGCGGGGGCACCUGCCUAGCCUUAGGACCAGCCCCACUCCCCUGUCCCGACCACUUUCCCAGGCUACAGAUCAAGUUUCAAAUAGCAGUGCUUCCCAAAUGGGUUCACAGAUGGGUGUUUUUUUUCUUUUAUUUGAAGAGUUACGCAUUUAUUUCAGUAUUUAUUAGGAAAUAAACAGCACAUUGGACCCACGA